GACAGAAAGGGGAGGGACCCACCGGCAGUCUGAUUCUUUAAACAAACUUUUCAGUAGGACUGCCUGCUUCCCCUUCGCACUGCUCUGUUGGUGACAGACAAAAAGGAGUUUGACAGGACUUCCAGAUAUUUCUACCUGAAGCCAAGGCCCAGAAACCGCAGCCGCCAUGUCGAGCAAGCGCGCCAAGGGAAAGACCACCAAGAAGCGUCCCCAGAGGGCCACCUCCAACGUCUUCGCCAUGUUCGACCAGUCUCAGAUCCAAGAGUUCAAAGAGGCGUUCAACAUGAUCGACCAGAACCGAGACGGUUUCAUCGACAAGGAGGAUCUGCACGACAUGCUGGCCUCUCUGGGCAAGAACCCCUCUGAUGAAUACCUGGAGGGGAUGAUGAGCGAAGCCCCGGGACCCAUCAACUUCACCAUGUUCCUCACCAUGUUCGGAGAGCGGCUCAACGGAACGGACCCCGAGGACGUCAUUCGCAACGCCUUCGCCUGCUUUGACGAGGAGGGAUCUGGUGUGAUCCACGAGGACCAGCUGAGGGAGCUGCUGACCACCAUGGGCGACCGCUUCUCGGACGAAGAGGUGGACGAGCUCUUCCGCGAGGCGCCCAUCGACAAGAAGGGCAACUUCAACUACGCGGAGUUCACGCGCAUCCUCAAACACGGCGCCAAAGACAAGGAUGACGAGUAAAGGGAAACUGAGACUUCUUCGGGGGGGGCGCCCAUGCAUAUACAUGCUCCACCAAUCAACAGUUGGUUCCCACCUUUACGGACCUUGUUUUAGAGAAACUGACAACUUAUCGGGGUGUUUUUUUUUUUUUUUUUUUUGCCAUUUAGCUGUAAACAUGCUUGGUAACAAAGGGGUUGGGAUCCACAAUAUUUGGCGGCGUCUUUUUGGGGGGUGUAUUUGAAUCUCAUAGCCUUCUGUAGCUUCACGGACUGCUGGGUGGAUGCAUCAAAAUAUCCUGUGUUGGGGGUUGGAUGGACUGGGAUACUUACUGUUUUGUGCGUACCUGCUAAUUAGCUGCCACACCUGCAAAAGCACUACAACAGGUAUCCUUAUCUAAUAUUUACCUGCAUUGCACAUGGUUUAAAAAAAAUCUCAUUCGGGUUGUUGAGUUGGGGGAUAAGGAAGAUAACACGGUUGGUGGAGCUUUUAUACUUAGUCGGUGUACUUGAAGGAUCAGUUUAGUUUGUGGUGUUGAAGGAAUUUGGGCUUCUUGUUCAGUCAAAUAAAAAUGAUUUUGUUGA